CACUGUAGUUACACACAGCCUAGCGUUAGCAACGUAGUCCAUGGUUAGCAACAGGAGCAACAAAAGCAUCGCGGAGUGUUAAAGGUCAGCUAAAGAAGAAAAAAGCUAAUAUCUACAGGUGCAGGUGGAGGACUGUCCUGGGGGUAAAGACGGAUCCACGAUGUUGAACCCGACCAAUGGUGACCCAGGUCACGUUGUUGUGAAUUAUGUGGAGGAGUAUUUGGAUCUGGUGGAGUCUCUUCCCUUUGAUUUGCAGAGGAGCGUGUCCCUCAUGAAGGAAAUUGAUGCCAAGUAUCAAGAUGUUCUGAAGGAGCUCGAUGACGCUUAUGAACGGUAUCGCCGUGAAUCUGACUCACUUCAGAGGCGCAAGCUUCAGUUAUCAAUUCAAAGGGCGCUUAUCCGCAGCCAAGAACUUGGAGACGAAAAGAUUCAGAUUGCUGGUCAAAUGGUGGAGUUGGUUGAGAACCGGACACGACAAAUAGACUGGCAUUCUGAACUUCUCCUUUCCUCUCAAGAAGUCCCAGAAAGUCACGUUCCCACAGCAACGUCUAUGACAACCACGACAACAUCCUUGAUGUCCUCUUCUUCAGCUACAGUCACUCCAGGAAAACCGGGCCACCAUGACAAGAAACGUGACGAGGUUACCCCGGGCUCAGGUGGAGGGGACAAGGCUGGAGGGAAACGCUCAAGACGUCAGAAAAACGGAGAAAAUCGGGAAAGCUACGGGGGUUUGGAUCACGCCGAGGAAGUGGGUGUGGGAGCAUCACGAGAAAAGAGAGCUAAAACGUCUUCCAAGAAGAAGAAACGGUCAAAAGGAAAGUCUGAGAGAGAAGUGUCGCCUCCAGACCUGCCCAUCGAUCCAGACGAGCCAACGUACUGCCUGUGCGAGCAGGUGUCCUACGGCGAGAUGAUUGGCUGCGAUAACGACGAAUGUCCCAUUGAGUGGUUUCAUUUCUCCUGUGUUGGGCUCCAUCAUAAGCCCAAAGGCAAGUGGUACUGCCCCAAGUGUAGAGGUGAGAAUGAGAAGACCAUGGACAAGGCCUUGGAGAGGGCGAAGAAGGAGAGGGCCUACAACAGGUAGCUCGCUCUGCCCGGCCCAAUGAACACUGUUGUGUCAAAAUUUAAUUUUAUCUGUUUUUGUUUCCAUUUACAGUUAACACUGUUUUAAGAAAAGAAUAUUGAAUUCAUGAGAGGGAUCUUGUAAAUAGUUAUUUUUGUAACUGCUGCAUAGCUGAGAAACAAGAUUGUCCCCUCAAGCUUGGGAGUAUUUGUAAACAAUAGACGUAGUACAGAACCGGACCAUGUGCAUGUUUUGAACCAGCUGUUGUGCACCCACAUCCCUCUUUGUUUUCAUCAUGCAUGCAACGUCCCCCGCCCAAUUAUAUAUGCUCAAUUAACAAAUAAAACAUUUCUAAACUAA